AUGGAACCCGGACAGCCCCGGGAGGCCCGCGAACCCGGGCCGGGGGCAGAGACCGCCGCGGCGCCGCGCUGGGAGGAAGCCAAGACUUUCUACGACAACCUCUCGCCCAAGAAGAAACCCAAAUCGCCAAAGCCUCAGAAUGCAGUCACCAUCGCUGUGUCCUCUCGAGCGCUGUUCCGAAUGGACGAGGAGCAGAGGAUCUACACGGAGCAGGGCGUAGAGGAGUACGUCCGCUACCAGCUGGAGCACGAGAACGAGCCCUUCAGCCCCGGGCCUGCCUUCCCCUUUGUGAAGGCCCUGGAGGCUGUGAACAGGCGACUUCGGGAGCUGUACCCCGAUAGUGAAGACAUCUUUGACAUUGUCCUCAUGACCAACAACCACGCUCAAGUAGGAGUUCGUCUCAUCAACAGUAUCAAUCAUUAUGACCUGUUCAUUGAGCGAUUCUGCAUGACAGGAGGGAACAGCCCCAUCUGCUACCUCAAAGCCUAUCACACCAACCUCUACUUGUCGGCUGAUGCAGAAAAAGUUCGAGAAGCCAUUGAUGAGGGGAUUGCAGCCGCCACCAUCUUCAGCCCCAGCAGGGACGUGGUUGUGUCCCAGAGCCAGCUCCGCGUGGCCUUCGAUGGGGACGCCGUACUCUUCUCCGAUGAGUCAGAGCGCAUCGUCAAGGCCCAUGGGCUGGACAGAUUCUUCGAGCAUGAGAAGGCCCAUGAGAACAAACCUUUGGCACAGGGCCCCCUAAAGGGCUUUCUGGAAGCACUGGGUAGACUGCAGAAGAAAUUCUACUCCAAAGGCCUGCGGCUGGAGUGCCCAAUUCGCACUUAUUUGGUGACAGCGCGCAGUGCGGCCAGUUCUGGGGCCCGGGCCCUCAAGACCCUGCGCAGCUGGGGCCUGGAGACGGAUGAGGCCUUAUUCCUAGCAGGGGCACCAAAGGGCCCCCUUCUUGAGAAGAUCCGCCCGCACAUCUUCUUCGAUGACCAGAUGUUCCAUGUGGCUGGGGCUCAGGAGAUGGGCACAGUGGCUGCCCAUGUGCCUUACGGUGUGGCCCAGACUCCUCGGCGGGCUGCCGCUGCAAAGCAGGCCCUGGGCCCACACAGUAGCUGAGCCGCCCUGUUCCGGGCUCCCUGUCACACUUCCGGGCCUCGUCUGGGGAGGCCGGAAGUGGGUCCAUUCUGGCUCCUCACCGUCCACCUUCCUGCAUGUUACUCUCAUCCCUCUGAGCCAGGUACUCUUAGAAAGUUAGGAAGGCAGGGCUGGCAUUCUCACAAUCGCUCCUGGACAAACACUGCCAUGAUCCUGGCUGAGAAAG